AUGCCCCCAAGGCGACUCUCAGACUAUCCCGGCCCGCGCAGCCCGCGAUUCCGCGAGGACUUUGACGCUCCCUUUUCCGAAGCCAUAAUGAACGCCUCUCUCAGCAUCGUCGCUUCUUCUUCCUCAUCAUCAUCAGGGCCCCUUUCGCACUCCUCCCAGGAGCGCUCCAGCCUCGACGACUCCAUCCGACGCAUCUCGCCUGGCAGCUCCAUGCGCACACCCUCAUUCCCGGAGCAGCCAUCGUCGUCGUCGUCGCCCACGGAGCAGUGGCGCGAGUUCCCCUGGAGCCAAUCAAGGACGCAGCGCAAAUCCAGCGUCAACGACCGCGUCAAGGGCUGGGCCAGGAGGUCUCUCAUCUUCAAGAGCCGUCCUACGUCGCCCGACGAACCAACCGAGAGGUCGUUUCAAAAGGUGGACUACUCAGCCGGCGCUUCCACCACGGAUGCGCCCAGGUGA